CUGCUGUCCUUAGGACAAAACGUUUCUGACCAAAUCUAAAUUAUUUAAAAUGAUUCUAAAUUAUUUUCUUGACCUGAAACAGCAAAAGGCAGUUUCUCCAUUUGCCCAGUUAGUGUUUUGUGGUUGAGUUUUUCAACAGCAAAGGAUGAAAACAACCACGAAGUCAGCGUUUGUUCGUUUUAUUGAUCGGAAACAGAACGGGUAGUCACUAGUCUCCUAUUUCCGAGGUACCAUGAAUGCAGCAUCAGCUCCGCACGUUGUAGCAGUUGUUCUGCUGCUGUUCUGGUUCUGGUGCUGGUGCUAAAGGCGACCUACUGGGUGUUGGGGUGGGGAGUGGUCCUGUGCCUGGUUCUCCUUUGUGGAACAGGACGAGUCCAGAACUUCAGGUUCGGUUCGUCUUGAAGAAGCCGGACUGUUUGUGGUUUCCCUUCCAGCGCUAGCUUACAUCUGUUAGCUAGCUGCUGCAAGCCCGAGCCUGGAGGCUCGUGCUGCUGCUGCUGCCGCGGUUCUGUACAUGUGACCCAGAACCAGAACCCUUGACUUUGAAUGAUCUGCUAACAGUUAUUGAAGUUAUUGGAGUUUUCUGUUGACGAACGUAGCAGCACCUUUUGCCGUCAUGGUGAACCAAGUCCAGCGUGUCGACGGCAGUUGGCUGUCGUGUAAGAGUGACUCGAGUGGCACCAGCAACAGCGGCGGGGAGAGCUCCAAGGAGAGCUCCCGGUGCUCCACGCCAGUUCUGGACGCCGUCCGCUCGGACCGGCUGAGGGACAAGAUGAGGAGGAGGAUGGAGUCUGGAGACCAGUGGUUCUCGCUGGAGUUCUUCCCUCCUCGAACGGCUAGCGGGGCCGUCAACCUCAUCUCCAGGUUUGACCGUAUGGGUUCUGGAGGACCUCUGUUCAUCGACAUCACCUGGCACCCGGCAGGAGACCCGGGAUCGGACAAAGAGACCUCCUCCAUGAUGAUCGCGAGCACGGCGGUGAACUACUGCGGCCUGGAGAGCGUCCUCCACCUGACCUGCUGCAACCAGACCAAAGAGAAGAUCACAGGUCACCUGGCCAAAGCCAAACACCUGGGCCUGAAGAACAUCAUGGCUCUGAGAGGAGACCCGGUGGGGUCCGACUGGGAGGAGGAGGAGGGAGGCUUCAACUACGCCGUCGACCUUGUUAAACACAUCCGGUCAGAGUUUGACGACUACUUUGAUGUGUGUGUUGCUGGCUAUCCCACCGGCCACCCCGAGGCGGAGAGCUACGAGGACGACCUCAGACACCUGAAGGAGAAGGUGGACGCCGGCGCAGACUUCAUCAUCACUCAGCUGUUCUUCAGAGCCGACACGUUUCUCACGUUCGUGGAUGACUGCAGGGCCAUCGGCGUCACGUGUCCCAUCCUGCCUGGAAUCUUCCCCAUCCAGGGUUACCAGUCCCUCCGUCAGCUGGUCAAGCUUUCUAAGCUGGAGGUGCCCGAGGAGAUCACCAGAGUCAUCGAGCCGAUCAAAGACAACGAUGCCGCCAUCCGGAACUACGGGAUCCAUCAGGCGGUGGAGAUGUGUCGCGUUCUGCUGGACAGCGGAAAAGUACCCGGCCUCCAUUUCUACACCCUGAACCGAGAAGUGGCCCCCACAGAGGUUCUCCGGCAGCUGGGCCUCUGGAUCGAAGACCCCAGACGGCCGCUGCCCUGGGCGGUGAGCGCUCAUCCCAAACGGAGAGUAGAAGAUGUCCGGCCCAUCUUCUGGGCCUCCAGACCCAAGAGCUACAUCUACCGGACCCAGGACUGGGACGACUUCCCCAACGGGCGAUGGGGAAACUCGUCCUCGCCGGCGUUCGGGGAGCUGAACGACUAUUACCUGUUCUACCUGAAGAGCAAAUCGUCUAAAGAGGCUCUUCUGCAGAUGUGGGGGGAGGAGCUGAAAAGGGAGGAGAGCGUCUUUGAGGUGUUCACCUGCUACAUCACAGGCCAACUCAACCGAAACGGACACAAGGUGAUGUGUCUGCCGUGGAACGACGAGCCUCUGGCCCCAGAGACGAACCUUCUGAAGGACGAGCUGGAGAAGGUCAACAGGCGAGGUGUCCUCACCAUCAACUCCCAACCCAACAUCAACGGUAAACCGUCCACAGACGCAGUGGUAGGCUGGGGACCUGCCGGGGGCUACGUCUUUCAGAAGGCUUAUCUGGAGUUCUUCACCUCCAGUGAAAAUGUGAACGCUCUUCUUAAAGUGCUGAAGAAAUACGAGCCGCGCGUGAACUACCACAUCGUUAACGUUCACGGACGAAACCUGACCAACGCCCACGAGAUGCAGCCCAACGCCGUGACCUGGGGCAUCUUCCCGGGCAGGGAGAUCGUCCAGCCCACCGUGGUGGACCCGGUCAGCUUCAUGUACUGGAAGGACGAGGCCUUCGCCUUGUGGAUCGAGCAGUGGGCCAAACUCUACGAAGACGAGUCGCCGUCCAGGAUGAUCAUCAAGUACAUCCACGAUAACUACUUCCUGGUCAACCUGGUGGACAACGACUUCCCUCUGAAGAGCUGUCUGUGGCAGGUCCUCGACGACAUGUUCGAGCUCCUCGACGCGCCGCUGGAGACGCUCGCUGACGGGAUGCCUGGCGACGGGAGCCAUGGCGACGGGAGCCAUGGCGACGGGAGCCAUGACAACGGGACGCUCGCUGAAUAAAAAAUCUGACUAAAAGUUAUUUUAGGAAGGAAUUAACUUUUUAAUUCAAUCUCAGAUUUUACAGAAAAGUGCCUUUAGGAAGAAAAAGUAUUUAACUUAAAUUUUUACGUUUUUAUGAGUGUUUUAUAGAAACUGAGUCGACGUGGAAAUUAAACGACUUUUUAAACUCAGCUGAGAUCCACAUAAAAGAAUAAAACAAAAGAUUAAUUAAAUGUGGAAAUAAGAGACAAAAGUUUUAUAAAAAAUUCUAAAAAUUUCAUGAUUUUCUUUAAAAUUUAAUUUUAAGUGAAAUUUUCUAGAAAAUAGUAUUUUUCUAGUCCUUUUUUUCACUUAUUUAUUUUAAAAUUAUUUUUUUAGUUAAAUUAGUUUGCAACAAAAGAGUCGUUAAAAGAAUAAAUAAUAAAUUAGAUCUUGUAUUAAAAACUACGUUUACAAAAGACAUUUCUGACAAUGAAUAAAAAAGUGCUCCAUUAAAUGUAUAAUCUAAGUAAGCUUAACUUUUACAAUAUUCUGGGUCAUGCUUUGCAAUAAGGGUCCCUUUAUUAAAGUAGCUCUCCAGAGUUUUCCCCUUUCAGGAAUUCUCUAUGUCAGAAAUCCAUAAAAAUGAUCAUCUGUGAUAUAAUGUAAGCAACACGUCUUUUCUUCACUAAACACGCCCCCUGCCCCGCAGAGCUCCGUGCAACGGGAAACUGAGCGCCGACCAGAACUAACCAAUAGCGUUAGACUACCACAUACUUGCCUCAGAUUUAAGGAAUACCUCAGCUGAUGCAGAGUUGAUGAACUUUUCACGGAUAAGAAAGUCUCUAAAAUAUAAAUUUAUGAGAACACAACAUGACAUCAAUCGAUACUUAAUUAAUCCCAGAGGGAAAUUAGAGUUUCAGUACACACAAUUCUGAGAUCAGACAUUCAUGGGCACGACUCAUGACAAGAACUGGUGACUGUGGUCAUUCGCAACCCUGUGUCGCGCUUCCUUAAUAGAGAUAAGAGGGUAACAUGAGGAUUGGUUCAGGUGGAGGGAAAAAAAGGCACUUAAGAGCUGCGCUCCCACCAGGAGGGCAGCUUUGCUCUGCAAGAAAAUAACAUAUGCAACAGACUUCAGACAACACAACAUGAGACUCCAAUAGAAAGGGGGGGGGGGGGGGGCUGGGAUCCUGUUUCCCCCAGCGAGAGCAGCCAUCUACGGCGCUCAGCCACUGUACAGUCACUUGAGAAUAAUACUCGUAAAACGAUGUGUUUUAGCUGUUUGUCGGCUACAGAAGCACAUUUACAAACAGAAACGUGAAGUCGCCAUCUUAAAAAUACAUCAACAGACUUUUUGUGUGAUGUGCUGAUCAGCCACUAGAUGGCGCCAUCGGAUAAGAGAAAUAAUCCAGAAGGAAUUAACAACUACUUAACCAUAUUAUGGGAUGCCAGGCCCACCCCAGCCUUUGUCCUAACCUUAAGGAUGCUUAAUGUCGGGAACAUUAUUAAAGGGGCCCGUUGUUUAUUAAUGUUUAAUAAUGCACUAACGGUAAUAAAUCGACCCUUGUAAAGUGUUUCUCAUUUAUUUUUCUAACUUGCUUUUUUUAAACUCGUAUUCAGAAAAUCUGAUAAAGAAAAAUUUCUCCCACAGGUUAAAAAUCUGAUUUGUCUGAAUAAACAACAAAACAACCUCAGAAAAUCUAAGUAAACGGGAUUUAGAUUCCUCUGCUUCAUUAUUUUAGUAAGUUAUUUUCAUUUCCUUAAAUACGUUUUUUUGUUUUUUUUACUUGAGUGGAAAACUUCGCUCCAGAUGAGACGAGGAAACGUUUUUCUGUUGGAGGAAAAACUGAAAUGUUGAGUUUAUUUAUGUUUCUGUCGUUUAAAACUUGGUGCCCAGAAACAAAAAAGCAAAUAAAACAAAUGAAACCGAACUAAA